AUGCCCCUCCCCCGCGCAUCUCUCAGCACCUUCCUUACAUCCGCAAAGACUCUUCUCUCCAAUGCAAUCACAAGCCCAUCACAACAAAGCUCUCACCUCACAUUUGUAAUAGGUAAUGAAUCAGCCGACCUCGACUCCCUCUGUAGCGCUGUGCUCCUUGCCUAUCUACGCACCUAUUUCCCAGCCCACGCACCAUCCUCAAACCCCACCAGCAACAGCAAACCCACAUUCUACAUCCCGCUCUCUAACCUCUCCCGUGCGGAUCUCUCCCUGCGACCCGAACUCCAUCCUGUACUAUCCCGCGCGAAUUUAAAUACUGGCGACCUCCUCACAUUAUGCGACCUGCCGAAAUCACUCGCUGCGAAGAGAACAAGAUGGGUACUCGUUGACCACAAUGCCAUGGCGGGGGAACUUGGGGAGAAGUAUGGAGCGCGUGUGGUAGGGGUUGUAGAUCACCAUGCUGAUGAGGGGAAGGAGCUUUUGGAAGAAGAUGGCGAGGAUAAUGAGGGGAAGGUUAUACAAACUGUAGGCAGCUGUGCCAGCUUAGUGGUUGAGGAGUGGCGAUCGAGGAGGAGGUCGGCUUUAGAGGAGAAUCCUGUGUGGGAUAGCCAACUGGCUGGGAUCGGGCUAGGACCUAUUGUGGUCGAUACUGCGAAUUUGACCUCGAAGGAAAAGACUACAAAGACUGAUGUCGAGGCUGUGAAGUUUUUGGACGGCUUGCUGGCGCAAGGUAGUGAGGUGGGGAAGGCUUUUGAUCGGAAAAGCUAUUAUGAAGAGGUCACGAAGGCAAAGCAGGAUAUUGGUUCGCUCAGCUUAUACGAUAUAUUGCGGAAAGAUUACAAGCAAUGGGGCGAAGCAAGCGGGUCUAUAAAUAUGGGGGUCAGCUCUAUCGUGAAAGAUAUUUCAUUCCUAAUUAGCAAAGCUGGGGGGGAGAAGAAAUUCUGUCUUGAGCUGGAGAGAUUUGCCCAAGAAAGAGGACUAUCUAUUAUGGCUGUUAUGACGACUUCACAUCAAGGGGAGGACUUCAAGAGGGAGUUGCUUGUCUGGGGUCUGGAUGAAAAGGGAAUGCAGGCUGCAGCAAAGUUCGAGGACGAUAACAAGGCGAAACUGGGCUUGGUCAGACCACUCGAGACAAGAGUCGGAUGA